AUGUCGGCAUCACAGACUAGACAGGCGACUGCCCUGGACCCCCGCAGUGGAGUUCACUCCUUUCAUGCGAUCCCAACUGCUUCGACACGGAUGAUCGCACAAGCUUCCGGUGGAGCCUCUCAACUCCUUCCUUCCUUUCCAUCACGUUCCCCCGCAUCCAAUCUUCCAACAUCCUUGCAAUCCUCUCACUCCAAUCACCAAUCCGAACCGUCCUCUAUAGCACCUGGACGUACAGCCUUAGAGUUCGACAGCUACGCUUCGUUCUUCGACGGCUUCGCAUCACACAAGUCCCACGGAUCAGACGACGACCACGUACAAGACUCGGACGUCACAGACGCUACGGACCGUGCUGGCACUUUCAGCCUCUUCGGUACUUACGACGACGAGGACCUCCAAGAUCUACGCGCGCUCAGCUUCACCAACUCGAUCAGGAUGAAUCUCGAAGCUCUCAGCCGCAGUGGUGCGGACCACUACGCACUCAAUGCCGACGGCUACGAGGACCCCAACCUGCACUACGGCUCCAAGUCGGUCGAAGACACGUCCGACGCCCGCUGGAUGCAGAACUCGUAUGCACAGCUCAUCUCCCAACUGUCCAACACACAAGUAGGAGCUGGUCGCCUCUCGCACGAUCGAGAGCGCUCGCCAGAUGAGCGAUACUAUGAAGGCGAACCUCGUUACUAUCAGGGCCACGACUACCAGGAGUCGCUCACACAGCGCACCAACUCCUCGAAAGACACGCCGCCCACGGCUAGCCUGGCUUCUGGCAGAAGCUCGAGCGAUGCCAACGACGACGAUCUCAGGACGCCUCCUGAGCCCAGCUACGAUGCUUUCGAGCCGUCCAUGGAGCCGGCUCACUACCAUCCUAGCCCUGCGCAUCAGGAGCAUCGACCGCCUCUGUUCGUGCAGCCAGCUCGACCAUCUGCUUCGCCCUCCUCUGCCUUGCCGAUGGCCGGCCAGACCGCUUCAAAUGUUGGUGCUCAAGCUCCUCAACUCGGUUCGCCAUUCCAGCCGUCGCAGCGCCAGGCACAGCAGCCGACUCGGUCUCUGCAGCGUCAGGAGCUCCAGCAGGUUUUUUCGCGCUACGAGAUCAGUGAUGACUCGGCGCUCGAGAUGCUGAGCGACGAUGCUGAGGCACAGAGACGUGCAGCUGGCAAGGCGAGGAUGAUGCCGGGUCAGUAUGCCGAGUCGAACAGCGCCACCGCAGUCACUUCUCCGGCGCAGUCGGCUCUUGGCCACGCCAGGCGCAGGUCGUCGAACAUGACCGUGUUCGACCCCAGCAAGCCCUUCACACGCCUCGGACCGCAAGACAUUGCCUUCAGCGCAGCUAAUCUCCCGGAGCGCCGACUGACCGCAGACGACUGCGCCGACAUCAUUGUGUCGCGCCAUCCCACACUGUGUGAUGCUCCCCUGCGCGAGUUUGGCGAGGACGGUCAGCCGCUGCCUCCGACCAAGAAGCAGGAGACAAGCGAGGAAGAGCGCGCGGCACGCAAGCAGGCGCUGAGUGUCAAGUUCUGCGCCAAGCAGCGCCUCUCGCUCAUCAAGGCUAUGAUUCUGAUGGAGUCGCGCUCCGCCUCCUGGAAGCGCGUCGGGCCAUUCAAUGCGGCCAACGCCAACAAUGCCACGGGUGUCGAUCCGAUCGACGCCCCUGGUGCUUCGUCGCACGGAGAGCAGGGCGUAAGUCGUCUGCCUCCCAUGCCGAGCCCAUGGUCCAUCGAGAUCCGCCACGAGCAGCUCGACGUGGCUCAGAUCAAGGGCAAGUCCAAGAAGUCGAUCGAGCUCGCCUCGCUGCGCACCAAUGCUCUUUGCACAAAGUGCGAGGGUUCCAAGCUAGGCGCCUGCCUCACUUGCAAGGCCGAGCAAGCCGACGAGUGCUUCUGGUGCUCGGGUACGGGCCGCGAAAAGACGCGCGCCCAGGCAUGGUGUCGUCGCUGCCAGGGUGCCGGUGUGCUCAAGUGCAACACCUGCCACGGUUCGCUCAAGUCGGACUGCCGAUCGUGCGAGGGAACGGGCACGGGAGAGUACGGCUUCUUCGUCGACGUCACGGUCAAGCGAGUAGAGAUGCCCGCUGUGCCCCUGGCCACGCUCUUCCCUCAGCUCGACAGCGCAUCUGCUUCGUUCCAGCCCAGCUACGACGAGGUCAGGGCAGCCGCGAAGCUUGCUCUGUGGGACUCGAUCACCAAGCUGACCGAGGCGAGGCACCACGCCGUUGCUACCAAAGGCGGCAAGUCCAAGAGCAAGGAUAUGGUCCCCGUCAUGGCCGCGUGCGUAUGGGAGAAUUCCACGUCGCAUGUGGUUUCCGUUGAUGUUCCACUGGCAGCCAAGUUCAAGAAGGGCGCAUCGCCCGCCCUACGACCCGAAGGCCUGCAGAGGAAGAUUCCGACGCAGAGGAGGUUCUUCACCGUUCCCACCGACGCUGAUCUUUGCUCGGUCGAGCUUUCGGAGGAGGAGGUCAAGAAGAUCGUGCACGAUUCGAUCGGCGACCACGCCAUCAGUGGACGCGGACCUUCACCCACCCUUCCUGACUCGCGCGGUUCUUCGGGCUACGCCCUUGGCAGCCCGUACGGCUCUGCUACGCCAUCGCCACCGAUGAGCCUGUCCGGCUCGUCGUCCGCUUCGCUCGCCACACCGGACGAGGGCGCCGGCAUGUCGGGCUACUCGACCCCUUCCAGGGUCCCGAGCCCGCGCUCGGACCUGCCUCCGGCCAAGCCAGCCGCCAAGGAGUUUGUGCAUCGCCCCAGCCCACUCUCUCAACUCGCCGCGACCACGCCCGCAGGCUCGGCGUUCUCGGUCCAGACGGACGCAGCAAGGCUGAACAACAAUCAGGGCAACGGCUCGCCUCGCUCUUCUCCCGAGCACUCCCCCGAGGGGAGCUCCGGACCAAAGCCCAGGAGGCCCUCUGCAGGCCAGAUUCUGAGCAAGAAGCUCAGCUCCAACAUCCUCAACAAGCUCAGCGCCCACAGGGGCUCGUUCAACAUCGUACCCACCUCAUCAGCAGCCGUCUUGAUCCGCCUUCUACAAGACCGCGUUGCUUUUGACGACACUUCAAGCCCCAAGAUGGAUCUCUUUGCUGAUGCCGGCGAUUCGUCGGGCGCCCAGGUGGACAUCCGCACCAAGCCUGAGGAAUCGCUCAACCACUUUACCGUCAACAAAGACUUUGCCGAGCGCUACCUGCACAACAAGCAGCGUGCCGAGCUGCACCAGCUCGAGGCCAAGUACGGCAAAGAUGCGCUGUCGGAUGGCAGCGAUGACGACAGCGAGACGGACAGCGAGAGCGACGUGACCGAAGAUGAGGACGGCGACCAGAUCAACGCCAACGUCGACGCCGCCAUCUUCCGCACUCUCCAGCGCAUCCGAAACAAGGACGCCGCACUCUACGACUCCAAGACGGACAUCUUUGAGCAGGAGGCAAAGGCAGCAGAGGAAGCCGCGCGCCGUUCGGGGGCUGCUGCAUCGACAUCCAAAGUCUCGAGCACGACAAAGAAGAGCAAGAAGCUCACGCUGCAGGACUACCAGCGCCAGCGCGUGCAGGAGCUCAUCGAGACUUCGGAGAAUCCUGCCGAGGCACUUGCGGAUGCCACCACAAGCGACCGCGCGAAGGGCCUUCAGGACGACGACGAUGAUGACAAGAUGCCGUUUGCACAGGAGCAAGAGGAGCUCCGCAAGCAGGUGUCGCAAGCUUUCCAUGCAAAUGUGGACGAAGCCGAUGAUCUGUUCGUCAAACGCUCCGAGGCAGAGGGAAGCAACGGCGGCUCGUAUCGCGAUGCGGUGAUCGCCUCCCUAGGACCUGAUGCCAGCGAGGACAUGGUGCGCGAGGCCAUCCGACGCAAUCGCGAGACCGAGUCGUCCGAGGCCGUCGCAUCUACCAGCACCGACCCCAACGAGCAGAAGGCAAACGAAGACUUUCUGCUCAACUACAUUCUCAACCGUGGCUGGAUCGACAAGUCGGCAGAGGAGAGGCCGGCUAAGCCACGUUUGUCCAAGUCGCUCCUCAAGUCUAAAUCUACCGAUGCGACAGAGGACGACAAGCAGGACGACGAUGAGGCAGCAGGCGACGGCGCAACGUCCUCGAACGCAUAUGGGCGCGAUUGGGAGGCCGAGGCUGCCGAACUCGAGUCGGAAGCUUCGUUCGACUCGAUGGCCGACGCGUUCGAGACGGCCUACAACUUCCGAUUCGAGCAGGGCGCCGAAUCGCUGACGAUCCCGACCUACUCGCGAACGUCCAAGGACUCGGCGCGACGCACGGACAACACACGCAAGCGCAAGCGAGAAGAGCGCGCGGAGCGCAAGGAGGAGGAGAAGCGACACAAGAUGCAGGAGCUCGCGCGGCUCAAGAACCUCAAGCGCCAGGAGAUCGUGGACAAGCUCAAGAAGCUGCGCGAGGUGACUGGGUCGAGCGUCGAGGAUCUGCAGGGUCUCGACCUCGAGGGUGACUUUGACCCGGACGCGCACGACAAGGCCAUGCAGAAGGCGUUUGGCGAUGGCUACUACGAGGGCGAGGACGGCGACGAGAAGCCAACCUGGGACGACGACAUCGACAUUGACGACAUCAUUGAGGAGCACGAAGCUGCCACGGCCCCGGCCAAGAAGGGCAAGAAGGCGAAACCCGCGCACGACGCCGACGAGGACGACGAGGGACGCAUCGAGAUGGAUGCCGACUUCCUCGACGGAGACGACGGUGGGGAGCAGGGAGCGGCUGGAUCCAAAGAGGCAGCUAUCCGCGCACGCCUGGCGGACAAGAAGCUGAGCAAGAAGGACCGCAAGAAGCUCAAGAAGAAGCUCAAGGCGGCGCUGUCCAAGGGCUCGUCUGCACCAGCCGACGGCUCGGACUCGGAAGCCGACGGUGUCGACGAGUCCAUCAUGGACGCCGACCGAGCCGGACCGUCAUCGAUGCCGACGUCUGCAGAGGACAAGAAGAAGAUGGCCAAGGACAUGAUUGAUUCGUACUACAACCUCGACUACGAAGACAUGAUUGGCGACCUGCCCACGCGCUUCAAGUACGCCCAGGUGGCACCUGCCGACUACGGCAUGUCGGCCGUCGACAUCUUGCUCGCCGACGACGAGCAGCUCAACCAGGUGGUGGGACUCAAGAACCUCCAGCCCUAUCGUCGCGGCAAGAACCGUCCGAUCGACCUGGGCAAGCGUCUGGGCACGUUCCGAAAGGAGGUCUACGGAAACACCUCCAAGACGCCCGACGGUGCCGACAAGCCGCAGAAGAAACGUCUGGGCAAGAAGGAGCGCAACCGUCUCAAGGCCGCCGAGUCCGAGCCAACCAAAGACGCCUAG